UGCGGUGGUUAUAAAGCCGCGCCGGUAAAUAAAAAGUAGCGUCGUCCAAUCUCAUAUUCAGUCGUGUUUGACGCCCUGCAGUGUGAGUGAGAAUCUUUUCUAUUGCGUUUUCUGGCUUCUACUAUUGAUUCAUUUUUCAGUUUUUUAUUCAUUCGACAAAUUUUCGACAUGUAUUGAGAAUUGAAUGAAUUAUGGCGAUCUUUCUGCUUUGGUUGCUGUUCUUCAACACGCACUCUUGUGAUAAUAUUUACAAGUUCUUCGAUGAGAUCAACGAGAAUUCAAGGAUUUUCAACUCCAUUGGCGCUGACAUAGCGUGGGAUGCAUCGCUUGAACCUAACAAAGAAGGGUUGGCAGAAAGAGCAGCCAAAUACCAGCACAAAAAGAUAUCCUGGCAACACGACGCCUGCAGAACAUUGUCGGCCAUGCACCAACGGCUUAUGUUGAACACCACACAGGAGAGACAAGCUUACUUACUGUGUAGAGGACCAAAAUAUUAUUUUAAAGAGGCUCGGGAAAUGAGUAACUUAUACGAAGAAUUACAAUCAAUAUAUUCUAACGUAGAAGUGUGUAUACCCGAUUCUAAAUACUCUACCAAUUUGACAGAGAAAGAGGACGCCAUUUUGAAUUAUAUAUCAAAAGUUAAACUGUAUUUAAAUAUGGAACACACAGAAUACGACUCUAUUAUUUCUGCAAAAAUGUCGGCCGGUAGAGUGGAGGAUAGCCUUUUAUGUUUGAAAGGGGAAGAGGAUUUUGAAAAGAUGAUGGAGUUUUCGAGGAAGCCAGAAGUUUUGGAAUGGCUGUGGUCAGUUUGGCGCGAAAAAAUCCAGAAGAUGAGAGAACCGUACAAAAGGCUGGUUGAUUUGGAAAACAAGGCUGCCAGAAGGAAUGGUUAUAAAGACAUCGGUGACGCCUGGCGUGACGAGCUGGAACUACCAGACCUCCGUUCAGUCAGUCGGCAGCUGUACAACGCUGUGAAGCCACUGUAUGCCCUGCUUCAUGGUGUGGUGAGGUUCUGUCUGCGGAGGGUUUAUGGCGAUGUCGUGGACGAGAGAGGCCCUAUUCCUGCUCAUUUAUUAGGUAACUUGUGGUCCCAACAAUGGGAUUCUUUGGCAGAUCUGAUAUUGCCUAGUGUUAUUAAUUUGGAUGAUAGAAUCAAAAAUCUUGGGUGGACUGUAGAUGACAUGAUAAAACAUGCAGAAGAUUAUUAUAUAUCAAUGGGUCUGCCAGCUAUGACAAAAACUUUUUGGCGGGAAUCUGUAAUUACGCGGGACAGUCAUAAAAAGGCACGCUGUCAUGGCACCGCAGCAGACAUGUUUAAAAAUGGCGACUUCAGACUUCUCUAUUGCUCAGGUAUGACGUUUGAAGAUUACUACGUUAUCCAUCAUGAAAUGGGACAUAUACAAUAUUAUAUGGCUUAUGAAAAGCAACCGGCGAUAUUUAGACAAGCAAAUUCUGCUCUCCACGAAAGCAUCGGAGAUGCAAUUAUGUAUGGUGUGAUGGCACCACAACAUUUGCACAGGCUCCGUCUAAUCAACGACUCUGAACUGUUUAUAGCAAAUAAGAGUCAUAACGAUAAACUUGGAGUAACCGAAAAUACAAAAAGUUAUGAAGAUGUAUUUACACACAACACACUUAGUACAACAACGUUUAAUGAGAAUUAUAAGAAAGUUACACCCAAAUAUAAUACAAACUUAGGCUUCUAUGAAGAUCAUAUAAAAGCAAAUGAUGCUAAAUUAACUAAAGGUGUAGAUAAUGAUGAAAUAUUGGACUUAUUAUCAAUUGAUGAUAUAUUAAUUUUUAAACAAGCUUUGAAUAAAUUGCCACAGAUUCCAUUUUCGUUGCUUAUGGACGAGUACAGGUGGAAAUAUUUUGAAGGUAGUUUGGAGAAAGAUUCACUCAAUCAAGAGUUUUGGAAAAUGGCGUUAGAGUUGCAAGGAAUUGUACCCUUUAGUCAUAGAGAGGAGGAAUAUUUUGACAUUGGUGCUAAGUUUCAUGUAUCUGACAAUACACCUUACAUACGAUAUUUCCUGAGCAGUUUCCUACAGCAUCAACUUUUUGAAAACCUUUGUAAAGCAGCCGUGUUUGGAUACAGGAAUGCGAAACAGCCACUUCCAGAUACUAUAUCACUUAACAGAUGUGACAUAUACGGGUCAAAAUGUGCUGGGAAGAUUUUGAAAGAUAUCAUGUCUCGAGGAUCAUCCCAACACUGGCAACAAAUUUUGAAAGAAACUACCGGAAGAAUGGAGAUUAGUGCGGCGUCACUAAAGAGAUACUACCAACCUCUAUACAAAUUAUUGACACGUUUGGUAGUAAAAUACGACAUUCCCAUUGGCUGGUAGCUAACUGAUUUUAAUCUCUUCAGUUUAAUCGUACAUACUAUUUAUAGAGCUUUGUUAUUUUAUUGCUUAAAAUUUCAUGUUAUAUUAUUAUAAAUAAUAAAAUUAAUGUGUUAAAAUGAUCAAGUACCUUUUACUUGAAUAUACUAACGCUUGACUUCUAUUAUACCCUUUAGAUAAGGUCUAAAUCUGGGCAUGCUAGCGUAAGAUGUACAUUGCCAGUAUGUAUUAAAUUAUUCGUAGUAUCUAUUAAUAUGUGCACAUUGCACACCUAAGAUCCAUGAGGUCUUAGGUCUCAUCUUCUGCCUGGCUAGUACCUAGGAGUUAGGUUUGCAAUUUUUUUU